GCCUUCCCCAACCUGUUCAUCACCAUCGCUCCGGCGGAGUGGAAGGUGCUUCUGCACGAGCCUCUAUUUGCCGACUGGAAGGCCGCGGAUCGCUUGUCGGCGUGCCAGGGGUUGUUGGCAGAGCACAUCUAUGAGCUGCUCUAUGAUGGCAUGCAGCAGAUUCUCCGCCCGAACGAUUUCUUAGAGCAGGUCUCAGACUAUGUCAUUCGCCUGGAGUUCCAGGGCCGCAAGACUGAACACAUCCAUAUUGCGGCCUGGGUGGUCCCCAAAGGCCGUUUAUCUGGUCGUAGCGGCCAGGCGGACCGGUCCGCCUUCGUCAUGCUCCUGGAGGAGGUGUUCCGCGGCUCCGUGGACGUGCAGGAGGGCUAUGGGUUUUUGAACUAUAUCAACGGCCACGUCGUGAAGGCCAAUCAGUCAAUGGAUUUUCAGCCCGACGCGGCUCGAAGCGCCGGAGAUCAACACUCGGCGUGGCGUACGACCUAUCGCAUGCUGUGCAAGCUGGCGCCGGGUCUCCCGGAGGUCUAUCUGGAUUUCGCGGGUGCCAAACCCAUGUUUCGCACGUUCGGCGUCGACAACGCGUGCGCUAUCAUUCCCGCCGCGGAUGAAAAGGACAAGCCCAUCAACGACACCAAGCGUCUGCAUAGAUUAUAUCUCAAGCGGGCUUGUGCUGGGAAUGAAUCGAGGCCGUGCGGCAGCUUUCUCAGCUACCUCCGCGUCUACAAAUUUGCGGAUGGGGACCACAACAGGGUCAUCCAGCGCAGAGGACGCGGACGCGGUGAUGACUCCCGCGUGGCGGUGGGCGUCCGGUAUGCAUUUGAGAUGCAGGGCAAUUUCAUCGGCCAGUUCUGCAGUAUGAUGUUCCCGCACGUGGCCCACGGCACUUUUGUUCCUCCAUCAGAUAGUGAUUCCGAGGUCAUCCCCUUCACGAAGCACUAUCUCAAGGCUGUGACGUAUCUGCGGCACCUCGUGUGCCUGAAGGGCACGCGUCCUGCGCGCGAGCAGUCUAUCCGCCUGCAGGUGCAGGCCAUGCUGCCGCGGGAGGCCGGGGAGGCAGAAGAAGUUUAUGAGGAACGCGUUCGGGACAAGAUGCAGGGUACUUCUUGGGUAGGCUUCGCCACGGAGGCCAAUCGCAUCGCCGAACUGUGCGACGCUUCCGUGGAGUCUAUAGCUCAUCGUCUUCAUGAGUAUAGCUGGGAGCCCUUCGACAGUUGGCCCUGGCUCCCACCGCCUGCCUCCGUCUCCGAGGGCGCUUCCAUCCGCCCGGCAGAUCAACUGUUCCAUCCUCUGAGAUGUGCUGACGUCACUCAGGGCGCUUAUGGUGAGCCUCUCCACUGCGUGGACGCGGCGCUUCAUUAUCUCGAGGAAGUGAUUGCUGCGGAUCUGCACAUCCGCGUGUCUCUCGGGCGUCAUUGUUCGUUCCGGGCGCGACUCCAUGCCGUGCGCGUCUACUAUAACCACAUGCAGUUCUGCUUUGACAAUCCCGAGGCUAUCCCGCCGGACGUUUGCCGCAGGGCUGACUUGUCGCUGGACAUGCAGGGCCGAUACUACGACCAGUAUAAGAAGGAGUGGAGGAGAUGUCAGGCGCAUGCGCGGCCUCGCAUCACAUGGUCUGCAGACCAGCAGGAGGUGCUGAAAGUGGUAGACGGCGUGCUCUCCCGAGCCGACGCUAACAUCGCGCAGCAACAGUUCUACUACGUGAACGGGGAGCCAGGCAGCGGCAAGGCGGAGGUCCUUUGCGAGGCUGCCCGCCGGGCCGCGGACGCUGGUCUCCACGUCUUGAUUCUCGGUCCCACGGGCACUCUGGUGCACACCUAUAAGACCAAGGUUCAACACGACAACAUCAACGUGGAGACCAUACAUGCCGCGUGGCACAUCUAUCGCAGGGCCGACACUGUUGUGGACUAUGCGCCGCCGUCGCGCUUGCGCACCUAUGACCUAUUCAUCAUCGACGAGGCGUCGCAGAUCGAGGACGACGUGGCCGUCCGCUUGCACAACGGCUUCAGGGAGUUGCCGCAGCGGCCCACCAUCUUCUUUGCUGCGGACUUCCAGCAGCUGAAUCCGCUCGGUAGUUCGUCGGCUAUGCGCACGUGGAUCACUGUCAUGACCACUAUUUCGCCGUUCACUAUACAUAGGACAGAUGAUGAUCGUUUAUUAUCUUUCCUGCGAAAUGUCCGGGUGAAGCAGCCGAUCAAGGCAGUUAUUCGGGCCUUCUUCGCUGGGCGUACCUGGGACUCUAUCAGCUUGGAGCAGGCCGUGCGGAGGGGCAUGCAUCUCGGCGCUAUGCUCGACGAGCCCUUCCACUGGCUCACCGUUACCAACGAGGGGGCGGAGGCUGUGAAUCUUGCGUGUCUGUCGGCGUGCGGCUACGACAAGCCUGAGAACUUAUCGCCGCUAACCGGCGACCUCAAGGUGCUAUACCUCGAAUGGGUUGUCGGGGGAUGGCCUGGGCAUUUCGCGGCAUGCCCGUGUAUCGGCCAUGCAUCUGGCUGUCUAUCCUUCAUGGAAUGA